AAGAAGAAGAAGAAGAAGAAGAAGAAGAAGAAGAAGAAGAAAGAAAAAAAUGAUCGUUGAACUGUUGGUAGUUAGUGUAAUAGUUGUUGCAAUUGUUGUGGCUGCAUUUGAGUGUUGGAAAGUGUAUUUGAAUAAUACAAAAUUGAAGGCAUUUCAUCAUGAAAAGGGUUUGCCCGUCUUCGGAAGAGCGUUGGCAUUGAUUGGAAAAAAUAAUGAAGAAAUUUUACAAACAUUCACCGGGGAUGAAGUGACAUAUGCAUGGAUUGGGCCGGUGUUAAUAUUCCAUGUCGCGCGUCCGGAAGAUUUUCAGGUGAUUUUAACAUCGGAAAAAUGUUUGAAAAAAGCAUUUCCGUAUCAAUUUUUGUACAAUCGUACGGGUAUUUUAACGUCUGAGCCACAAAUUUGGAAAGAACAUCGACGCGCAUUAAAUCCAACGUUGGGACCAAAGAUGGUGAGCAGUUUUGUGCCGAUUUUCAAUGAAAAAUCGCGAAAAAUGGCCGAUUUAUUGGAGCGAAAAUUGAACCAAAACGUCGAUAUGCAACGUGCAAUGUUUAAUUCAGCGAUUGAAACAAUAAUGAGUGCAUCGUUUGGCAUAAAUUGGCAAAUGCAAAAUGCACGCGGCGAAUAUAUUCAUGAUUUAAUUUUAUACAUAUUGGAAGGUUUGCAAUUGCGCAUUCAACGUGUUUGGCUAUGGAAUCCAAUUUAUAAAUUUACCGCCGAAUACAAGCGAAAUAUUGAGAAAUUUUUCGCAUUUUAUCGCUUCAAUCGUGGCUUAUUGGAAACAAAAUUAAUGCAUUUGGCCGAAAAACUUGAGCAUGGCGAAGAUGAACUUGCAAUUGCCAAAGAGAAUAAUAAUCAAAAUUAUUUGCAAAAAUGUUUACAACUACAAAAGGAACAUAAAUGGACCGAUGAGAAUGUGUGCGAAGAAAUGGACACAAUAUUCGUUGGAUCCGUUGAUACAUCGGCAACAACCAUAUGCGGCAUCACAUUGAUGUUGGCCAUUCAUCCGGAAUAUCAGGAGCGUGUUGUCGAAGAAAUGCGUGAAAUAUUCGAGGAACAAGAUGAACCGGUGACAAAUGAGCAUCUAACACGAAUGACCUUUUUGGAACUUGUUAUCAAAGAAUCGAUUCGACACUUUCCAAUCGCACCGUACAUUGGACGUGAAACAACAGGUGAUUUGGAGAUUGGCGGUGGUAUUAUACCGAGUGGAAGUCAAGUUUUCUUGAAUGUUCUUCGAAUGAAUAAGAAUCCCCGUUUCUAUGGUGAAAAUGCGCAUGAAUUUUAUCCAGAACGAUUUUUACCUGAAAAUUGUGCAAAUUGGCAUCCAUAUCUGUCGGUGCCAUUUUCAGCCGGACCAAGAAAUUGUAUUGGAAAACGAUAUGCGUGGGCAUCACUAAAGAUAGCAUUGUCAUAUAUUUUGAGACGUUUUAAAUUGACAACCGAUUUAAAAAUGCAAGAUGUGAUCAUAAAACCGGAAUUACUUUUAAAAAUUGGCAACAAAAAUCCAAUUCGCAUCGAACGACGCGAAUGGAGAACCAAACCGAAUGCCGAAUAAUGCAGCCAAAUUAGAAGAACCUGAAUCCUCUGGUUUUAUUUAUUAACACUUUUAUUUUUUAUUUUCAACAUAUUCGGAUAAAAACCGAAAGUUAUGUCAACAGAUAUGCGAUAUUUUUUUUAUACUCAUCGAUAUUAAAUUUUGAUAAAAAAAAAAGAAUUCCACAAAGAAAA